AUGCCGAUCGGAGAUCUUCUGGCCCAGAUCAGUGGUGGGAAGUCUUCGGACAACCCUGCACCAGCCAUCCAACGACCGCAGAGCGCUUCUACCAAACGAAAGGCCGACGAUGAUCUUCCAAGGAAUGACUCAAAGACACCGCGUCUAUUCGCACACCCUGCAAAAUUACCACAGCGGCCCGCAACCUCUACUCUGUCAAGACCGCUGCCGAUCCCUCCAAAGCCUGUCAAUUCUGCGAGUCGACCGGUUAGGCCAGUAGUUGCCAGCAGACACCCAGCACCACCCCCAGUUGACCCAAGCAAGCCCAAAGCUCCUCCGAAGAAGGGCUCGUAUGCGGAGAUCCUUGCCCGAGCCCAACGGGCACAAGCCGUUAUGGGCCAGGUCGGGAAAAUUCAGCACAAAAAGGCUGAGGGAGGAGCUAUAAAGAAGGAUAAGGAGAGGAGUGAUGUUAAGGGUGCACCUUUGAGUGCUCAAGGCAGGAAACCCUCUACUGGGACUGGGUACAAGGGAUCCUCGAAGCCGGGACAGCGCAAUGGCACCAACGGGAAUGCAUCCUCAAAGAGUGAUCGAAACGGCGCUGCUUCUCGACAACCUUCGAAGGCUGCGGCGCCUUCCAGGAAGGCUUCUGUGCCAGAACCAGAGAAGAAAGUUAAGAAGGCAGCGUCAGCGACGACCGGCUACACCGGAACGGCACGUCCCAAGCCGGGCGCUGCGUUAAAGAAGGCCAACGCCCCAAGAGGCGGAGCCCUUCUCAAUGCCCCUCCACCCAGGCCCAGCUCAAACAGGAGGUCACGGUAUGAGGAUGAUUAUGAUGAAGACAUGGAGGACUUCAUCGAUUAUGAUGACGAAGAAGACGACGGCCAACGCUAUGAUUACGCAUCGGAUGGAUCGUCUGACAUGGAAGCCGGCCUGGACGACAUCGACGGCGAAGAGCGGAUGGCGGAGCGAAUUGCCCGGCGCGAAGAUGAACGAGAGCAGAAGCUCGAACAGUCGCUCAAAAUGGCAAAGGAGGAGAGGAAGCGCAAGGCUCUCGAUGCUCUCCGCGCUAAUCGACGUUGA